AUGACUGACGACUACACUGAUCAGAUAUACGACGAACCUACAACCGAGCAAGCAUAUUUUCUGACUAACGAUUACAUUGAUCAGAUAAACGAAAAAGCUACAACAUGGAAGGCUGGCAGAAAUUUCCCUUUGACCACUUCCGUUGUGUACCUAAAGGGCAUGCUGGGAUCGAAAGGCGUAGGACUAUCGUUGAACGGUCCUGUUAAAUCCGAAGAUCCGAAUUACUCAAAUUUCCAAGACAUUCCUGAAUCGUUUGACGCGAGGGAACAGUGGACAGAAUGUCAAACGAUCGGUCACGUCCGAGAUCAAGGAAAUUGCGGCAGCUCUUGGGCGGUGGCGACUACGAGUGCGCUUUCCGACCGCAUGUGCAUAGCCACGAACGGCGAAUUCAACGAAACGCUGUCGGCCGAAGAACUGACCUUCUGCUGUCAUUAUUGUGGUUUCGGAUGUUUCGGCGGAUGGCCCAUCUUGGCAUGGUAUCGGUUCAAAUAUCACGGCUGUUGCACCGGAGGAGACUACGGCUCGGACGAGGGAUGUCAACCGUACCGAGUGUCGCCGUGCACAGUGGACGGGCAAGGAUACAACUCGACGUGCAAUGACCAACCGUUCGAACGUAACCACAAAUGCUCCCGGGAGUGUUACGGUAACACUACCGUCGACUACCACGACGACCACGUCUACACCAGAGACGCGUACCACUUGACGUUCCGCGCCAUUCAAAAAGACGUGCUGUGCUACGGUCCGAUCGCAGCGUCUUAUGAUGUGUACGACGACUUCCUAAGCUACAAAUCAGGCGUCUACGCCAAGACGGAUAACGCUACUUAUAUAGGAGGACACGCCGUGAAAUUGAUCGGAUGGGGAAUCGACGACGAUACUGAUACCCCCUACUGGCUGUUAAUUAACUCGUGGAACACCGAAUGGGGUAAUAAUGGAACGUUCAAAAUUGAAAGGGGCACCAACCAAUGUAGAAUUGACGUCUCGACGACAGCCGGUGUGCCAUUCCUUAUUGAGGAGUAA